AUGGACCUGGCAUCUGAAAUUGCCAAAGAGCCGGAAAACUAUCCAGACAUACCUCCAGAACUGCUCAAGACUGUGACUGGUGCUCACACCACUCUGAGCAGAGACCAGUUCCAGGACCAGUUUGGCUGCACUCUGAUAGACACCAAAGAGUACACAAUGGCAAUUGACAUGUCUGAUGUCACCAAAGGUCUUCCCAUGGAAAUCAACGGGCUCAACCCUGUGGGUCCCUUCCUCUCCCUGCCACUCAGUGUCUCUGAGACCUGUGUGGAUUUCUCCACUGGACAAGUUGCCAGGAGGGGUCACUCCAUCUUCACAGAACUCACAGGCAUUGCUCUGAUUGGCAACUACGACUUUCCAGAGGUGGUGGCACUUGUGGAGAACGUUGGCAUCAUUCCUGGAGAAAAGUACAAGGGAGCUCCGGCCACAGGGAGCCUGCCCUGCAACUUCAAGGGAGAGUCUCUCAUGUGCUGA